AUUUUUUUCUCUCUAUCUAAAAAAAAAAAAAGUAAUGGAACCUGACGAAAGGCACCACCACCACCACCCCCACCAAGAGCAUCAUCUCACUUCUCCUUACUACCAUCCUUUCCACCACCACACCCCCACCACCGUCUCCGCCGCACCCUCCUACAAUGGUAAUAUGCCACCACCACCACCACCUAACGAUGGAUCUUCUUCUUCCUACCAUCACUCCGCGCCGUCUUCAGCUGUUACGGCUCCGAUUGAGCCAGUCAAGAGGAAGAGAGGUCGUCCCAGGAAGUACGACACGCCCGCUCAAGCCUUAGCUGCUAAGAAGUUAGCAUCUUCCGCUAGCAGUUCCUCCGCCAGAGAACGUAGAGAGCAAGCCGCCGCCGCCGCCGGAGGCGUUUCGCCUCCGUCUAAAUCCGGUUCGAAAAAGUCAAUUUCGGGCUCUUUCGGGAAAAGUGGGCAAAGUUUUACACCGCACAUUGUUAAUAUACCUCCUGGAGAGGAUUUGGCUCAGAAAAUUAUCCUUUUCGCUGAGCAAAGCAAGCAUGAGUUAUGCAUUCUCUCUGCAUCUGGCGCCAUCUCUGAUCCAUCCUUGUCUCACCGCGCAACCGGAACCAGUGUAUCUUAUCAGGGUCAGUACGAAAUCCUCUCACUGAGGGGAUCUUAUAUUCGGGGAGAGCAUGGUGGUAAAACUGGUGGCCUUAGCGUUUGUUUAUCUAGUUCAGAUGGUCAGAUCGUUGGUGGUGGAGUUGGCGGACUCCUAAAGGCUGCUGGUCCAGUUCAGGUGAUUCUUGGUAUGUUUCAGCUAGAGAGGAAGAAGGAUGGGAGAAACGGUGUGAAAGGAGAUGAUGCUUCUGGAAGUGGACACUUGUUACCUUCUGGCACAGAAUCUUUGCAUGGCUACCGUCCUGUUAUGGAACCUUCUGGAAGAAACUCAAACGAUGAGCAUUGUACUAUGACUAGUGGUGGUGCAUUGGGUGGCGGAGCUCAUUUCAUGAUGCAACCACCUCAGGGCAUGCACAUGACACAUGCCCGGCCUUCUGAAUGGGGCGGUGCUGGCUAUGAUCUGUCAGGAAUGAGAGGAAAUGGGUCAUCAGAAAAUGGAGAAUAUGAGUAAAUGGGCAGCUUAGUAGUACUGAUUCAAGUUUCUGAAGAAAGUGUGUUGAGGUUUGAGCAUGAAUCAAGGUGAGAGUGGACUUAUCAUCAUAUAAUGUCUGAAGGAUUUUUUCAUUGCAAAGGCAGAGAGAGAGUGACUGAGUGGGAAAGAGCAGAGAAGACAGUGAUGCUUUUGUUCUUGGUUCAGUGUAAUCUUACAGUAACUUCACAUCAUUUUCUGGGUUCUUUUUGAUUUAUCUUUUUUUUUUGUUGGUUCUUUUUCUUCCAAUAAUCAGCUUUUUCUUGUGAAUUUUAGAAAUAUAGACAAUUUGUUUUGAUAAAUGGCUUUUUAAGUUAUACUUUGUAGUCA